AUGAAUGACAACCUGGCACCAUCUAAUGGAAUGGUUGCCGAUGAAGGCGAGAAAAAGCUCGCUUCGGUUUCCAAAGACGACCAAUUAGACAUCAUGGAAAGCUCGUCAUCGAACGACCAACCUGACUCCGUGAAGGCAACGCCACCAGGCCUACCAGACCAGAUGGCUGAUCAAAGUCAGAUGGCGGAAGGCGGAGCUAAGGUUGAUGCCAUUCCAUCUCUCGUUGAGCAGCGGCAAAUACUAUCAGAAAUAUACACGCAAGCGCAGGCAGAGAGCAGAGAAGGAGACGCUGUAUAUGUCAUUCCUUCUCUUUGGUACAAUAACUUUUGGGAUGCUAAUAUCACCGAAAAAUCCCGAAUUGGGCCCAUAGACACAACGUCUAUCUGUAACGAUUUCGACAAUUUCCUGCUGGCGGAUUAUAACGCGCAUCCUUACCUGUCAGUUCCAGAAACGGUCUUCAAAAAGCUUAGCGAGUGGUAUGGGCUAUCGGAUCCGUCGAACCCCGUUAAAACGGUGCUAAUAAAAGAUGAAGACGGUCAACUGGUUACCGAAUAUAAUAGAUGCUGCUUUCGGGUCCAUUUUCUCAAAGACUCUGUAGAAAAAUACAACAGGUUUUCAGGAGGGGUACGAGCACCGCUCUUUUUCACUAUGUCAAGGCUGAGCUCUAUAGAAAUGGUAGUGCAGCGGUGUUUGCAAAAGUUUGGUGAACAGGAGAAAUUGUUUGAUUUGAAGACGCAUCGUUUUAGGAUAUGGCAAGUACAAGAACCAACAAGCACUACGAAAAGCUCGUUUUUGGCAACGCAAUAUGUCCUGGAUCCCUUAACUUUCGCAGAAAUGCCAAUCAAGACUAGGUUGCAAUCGAAAAUGUUUGGCUGCUUGAUCAAGAACUUGAAGCUUCCCGUGAUCGACCUAGUUGUUGAGUUGAAGGAUGUUACAACCGGUGACCAUUGGCCAUCGAAUCAUUUCUAUUACAACAAGCUGUUACCACCGAGGGGAACAACCGGACUUUCAAACUUGGGAAACAGUUGUUACAUGAAUUCUGCGUUGCAGUGUCUUGUUCAUAUACCGGAGCUUAAGGAUUAUUUCCUGUAUGGCGGGUAUGAAGAAGAUGUCAACACUCAAAACCCACUGGGUUAUAAAGGUCUUGUUGCUCAAGCCUUCGCCGCGCUUAUAAAAUCAUUGUUUGAUGAAAGAUCUUCUUCAGCUUUCGCAUUUUCUCCUAGAGAAUUUAAAUCAAUUAUUGGCCAGCAAAAUUCUAUGUUUGCCGGAUUUCUGCAGCAGGAUUCCCAAGAAUUUUUAGCCUUUCUACUCGAUGGCUUGCAUGAAGACCUGAACAGAAUCAUAGAAAAGCCGUUUGUUGAAAAGCCCGAGCUUUCCCCAGAUGAAGAUGUAAACAAUAGAGAAGUGAUUCACAGACUCGCAUCAAAGACCUGGGACAAACACAAGUUGAGAAAUGAUUCUGUUAUUCUUGACCUUUUUGUUGGAUUGUACAAGUCAACACUUACAUGCCCUGUCUGUGAUAAAACAUCUGUGACUUUUGAUCCAUAUAGCGACUUAACUUUACCACUUCCUGUGGAAAGCAUAUGGACAUCAAAAGUCAGGAUAUUUCCAAACUUCUCUCCCCCUUGCAUCUUGGAGGUGGAACUACCUAAGGGCUCCACGUACCAGGAUCUAAAGAAUUACGUGGCUGAAGUGGCAAACAUGAAUGCUGAUGACUUAAUUGGUGCAGAAAUUUUCAAUCACGCAUUUUACAACAAUUAUGAGUCGGAAGGCUCUAGCGCUAAGUAUCUUCCCAUCGAAGAUCUUAUUUCUCAAAGCGAUGUAGUAGCUUUUUAUGAAGUACCUCGCAAGCCGGAUGACUUGGUGAUUCCAGUUUUGAAUUCUGUGCUUGAACAAGGGUUCAAGACCGCACGGAGCUUUGGUUUUCCGUUCUUCAUUGCACUUUCAGAGACUGAAUUGCACUGCUACGGCAUGAUAAGGAAAAAGCUCGAGCAGCAUUAUACCAACUGGAGUGGCGGCUUCCUAAAUUUCCCAAUAAUAUCAAAUGACAACGAAGUGCCGCUUGAUUCUCUAGGUCUGCUCAAACAAAAGUACCACUCAGUAGACCUUUCAAAAUUCAAAAUAGAUAUUGAAAACUGUUCACCUGAGACUUCGGUUGAAGAGUAUUUUGCGAUAAAGGUUCUGAGCUUCCGGAAUACCAACAAUGGUUUAACUGAAAAUUCUAUGGGAAACCAAAUCAUAUGGGCUCCUGGCCACCAGGUUUCUCUGAGCUCCUCCCAGAAUAUGAUGACUUUAAUGAAUAACGUUAUGAAAGACAUUUAUGACUACCAUACUCUGGCAAUGACUCAAAAAGACGAGAUUGAAGAGCUGGCAACCUUGUCUCAUCCCGCAGACGAUUCCAAAGGUCACGAAAGUAACGAUGAAGGGACUAAGAAAGAAGAGACUCCUUCAGACAUGGACGUUGACCUCAACGAAAACGAUAGCGAAAACUUCCCUAAGCCCGAUAAUGAGCCGGAGGCUGAAGUCGACUUCCAACGGCCAAAAUUCGUUAAAGAGUUUGAAGCUAUCGUUUGCGAAUGGAAUGACAUGUCCAUAUCCGAAGUAUUCUCAGACGAGCGCGAAAUUUCAUGGGACAAGCCUGCUGAACUAAAGAAUGAAAAGCUGGAGGAAGCGAAACGGCAACGUCAGCAUGAAGGAGAGAGACGGAUUAGUCUUUUUGAUUGCCUAAAACUGUUUUCAAAACCUGAGGUGCUAAGCGCUGCAGAUUCUUGGUACUGCCCAACUUGUCGAGAACAUAGACAGGCUACCAAGCAGAUCCAACUUUGGAACUCCCCUGACAUCUUAACUAUUCACCUAAAGCGGUUUGAAAGUCGCCAUUCGUUCAGCGACAAAAUAAGCGAUGUUGUCGACUUUCCUAUCUGUGGCCUUAAUAUGUCGGACCACCUGGUUUGUGAAGAUGCCGAGCAGAACAACCUCUACGACCUUGUAGCGGUUGAUAACCACUACGGUGGUCUUGGCGGUGGUCACUACACAGCGUUCGCCAAGAAUCCCGUGGACGGCAAGUGGUACUAUUUUGAUGAUUCUCGCGUUAGUGAGACAGAUCCCGAAACCUCCGUGUCAGGGGCUGCUUAUCUUUUGUUUUAUCGUCGUCGUGUCGAGGGUCCGGAUGUUGGGACUCAGCGGCUCAAAAACCUGCUUGCAUCGUCAAGACAGCAGCAUCAGCUAAAGCUAAAGGAGUUCAACGAUAGGCAAGUCGAUUUUUAUCAAGAAAAUCACUCUGAACCAGAAGAAGAGCUCGAUGCGCAGCAUAAUUUUCUAGAGGCUAGCGAAGCGGAAUCUAAAGAGGGUGCCCAAGAAAAUGAAAUUUGCAAUGUUGCAAGCCUCGAAGUGGGUCACGCUAAUUCUAGCGCAAGUUGUGAAGAGAAUGCAGGUAGAAGGAAGCUGCGAUUGCUUCAUAAAGGUUACGCCAAUAGCACGGCUAACUCCUCACACCCCAAUUCUUCUGCGACGAGCUCUGAUUCUUCUGACUGCAGUGAAAAUAUCUCUCAAAAGUUCUACCCCGCAGAAGGCGCCCCCCCUACCUCGCCUUUAUUGUAG